AUAGACGACCGCUCGUGCCCAGACUUUCCACUAUAGGAACUUAUUAUUAUUAUUAAAAGAAGAGGAAAGAGCGCCAUCUAAAGCGAUUUUGAACAACUUUCGUUGAACAAAAAUAAAACAUGUGUUUAUGUGAUUAUUUAAUUUUUAAUUAAUCAAUGUACAUAUAUAUGAAAGUGAAUUAGGUGUACCUAUUUUAGUGAAAAUAAAUUACUUUUUACUUUAUAUCAAAUGUGUAGUAUAGGUGACGAUAUUUAUGAUCACGAAGAAGAAAAAACUAUACCCGUUACGAAAAGCUUAAAAUUAUUUGAUUUGUGCAAUAAAUGUCGAUCGGAAAAGCCUCGGCUAGUUUUAAGAACUAAAGACGCAUAUUGUAACAAUUGUUUUUUAUCCUCAACUGUUCAUAAAUUCAAAGCUUACCUUGGAAAAUCUCAUUUGAUACAAAAAAAUGAUAGAGUAUUAGUUUGGCAUCAAAUUGGUCACCCUAGUACGUCUUUAUUACAUUUUCUUAGAUCAGGUCUAGAUCUGAGUUCUUCUAAAAAGUUGCAAUUUGUACCAAUCAUACUUUUUAUUGAUGAUCAAUACCACCUAAAUUUGAAUGAAAGAUUAAAUUUAUUACAAAAAGCUAAACAAGAAAUAUUAUCUUUUGGUUUCCGAUUUAAUACAGUUUCAUUCGCUGAUUAUGCUACGAAUCCUAAAAAUUUGAAUAAAUUAUUUUUUAUUGAUAUACCACAAAUAUCUGAAUUGGACAAACAGAAAUUAGAAGAUGUUAUAAACAAGAAAACUUCUAAAACUCAUGCAAAUGAUAUAAAAGUAUUAAUUAGAAGACAAUUAUUGACAGAUGCAGCUAAAUAUUAUCAAUGCAAGUUUGUAUUUACACCUGAAAUAUCUGUAGAAGUUGCAUCUAGCCUUCUAUCUAAUAUGUCACUUGGAAGGGGCCCUCAUGUUGCAAUAGAUGUGGGGUUUUGUGAUGAUAGAGAUGUUGAUGUGAAAAUUAUAAGACCCCUUAGACAAUUUGAUAUGAAGGAACUUGCGUUUUACAAUAAAAUUAAUAACCUGGAACCACUUUCAGUACGACAGAAAAGUGUAAAUCCCUAUUUAUCUGUACAGGAUUUAAUGAAAAAAUUUGUAACAGAUUUGCAAAGCAAUUAUCCAGCUACGGUUAAUACCAUUUUGAGAAUAGGGGAUAAAUUGAGCGUUGAUAGGGAUUGCGAAAGGUUGUGCAGUUUAUGUAAGGGGCCAUUAUCAGUGAUAAACGACCAACUUACUUCACAUCAAUCAACGACUUUUUCUCAUUUGGUGUCAACUGAAAAACAUGAUUAUACAAUUUCAAGACAAGAUUGGUAUCAAAAUAUUUUUAACGUUUUUGAUGAAAGAGUUGUAGAUAAAGAAAAUUUAUGUUAUGCUUGUUCCAAUAUUAGUGACAACGUGAAGUUUACUUAAUAAAAUUUUGAAAUAUUAAA